ACCAGUCAAGGUCUUUCGCUCUGCACAACAAAGGCAAACCGUCUUUGCAUCAACACAGACUUCAGGGUGAAACUUUUCCACGAGCGUCCUCCGGUUUGCUUGUUGUCCAGGAAUACUCGCGCAGCCCAGCCAGGAGACGCCCAAUUGUCGUGGAAAUUAGACAACACUCGUAGACUCGUCCUCUGAAGUUUGCAGUGGGAGCUGCACGAUGUCCUUAAAGCCACGGGUGGUGGAUUUUGAUGAGACCUGGAACAAGCUGCUCACCACCAUCAAGGCGGUGGUGAUGCUGGAUUACGUAGAGAGAGCUACGUGGAAUGACCGCUUCUCUGAUAUUUACGCGUUGUGUGUCGCAUACCCAGAACCCCUGGGUGAACGGCUAUACACGGAGACUAAAGUGUUUCUGGAAAGUCAUGUCCGUCAACUAUAUAAGAAAGUGCUGGAGUCUGAGGAGAAAGUGCUGCUGAUGUAUCAUAGAUACUGGGAGGAGUACAGUAAGGGUGCUGACUACAUGGACUGCUUAUAUCGGUACCUCAACACACAGUUUAUAAAGGAGAACAAACUGACCGUGGCAGGUCUGCAGUACGGCUACGGAGGAGUCGAUAUGAAUGAACCACUGAUGGAGAUCGGAGAGCUUGCACUUGAUAUGUGGAGGAAACUGAUGAUUGAGCCUCUUCAAGCCGUGUUGAUCCGAAUGCUCCUGAAAGAAAUCAAAAAUGAUCGGUGUGGGGAGAAUCCGAAUCAGAAAGUAAUCCACGGGGUUAUCAACUCCUUUGUUCAUGUUGAACAAUACAAGGAAAAGUUUCCUCUAAAGUUUUAUCAGGAGAUUUUUGAACGGCCGUUUCUGACACAAACAGGAGAGUAUUACAAACAAGAAGCCUCCAACCUACAGCAGGAGUCCAACUGCUCUCAGUACAUGGAAAAGGUUUUGGAGCGUUUGAAAGACGAAGAGGUGCGAUGUCGGAAGUACCUGCACCCAAGCUCCUAUGCCAAAGUGAUCCACGAAUGCCAGCAGAGGAUGGAGACCCAGUCUAGGUCGGGCUGCAACAUACAAUAAAAUAAAAAAAGAAAAAUGUUGGCG